CAAUGUAAUAUGUUCCUACUUUUGUUCCAACAGAAUAACCACUCUAUCUAAAAUUAUAGAUAUCUUAGAUCCCUGCAGCAUGGGAUGAAUUAAAAUUGAAGCAUUUUCUAUCAACUUAAGGAUAUACAGUAUCUGAUGUGCAGAUGUUAAAAAAAGAAGAUCGUAUUAAAUUAAUCUGAUUCAAGUAAAAUCUAAAGGAAUUGCAAUUGUCAAAUUCAAUAAAAUGCAAGAAGGAGAAAAAGCCACAAAAUAAUUGAAAGAAGUGGCUGUCGAUGGAAUGCAACCUCUGGUACUUAAAUGGGCUGAGGGUGAAAAAGAAAGGUUAGGAGUAGCAGAAGAAACUUCUCCUAAAAUAUAAAUUGAUGGCCUAUAGAAAGACUGCGAAGAAGCAAUGAUCAAAGAAAUAUUUAUGAAAUAUGGUCAAGUCACCGAUGUUUAGAUUUAGAAUUAAGGAUAAUCAUCAAUCAGUGCCAUAGUAUCAUAUACUUUUAAGGAAAGCUGCUUAUUGGCAAUAAAAAAUAAUCAUAAUAAGAAUUAGUUAGGGUAAUAGUCAUAAAGUUAUAAAUUAAGCGAUCGCCCAUUAGAUGUUAGAUUUUUGGGUUAACCUGCGACUAUUGCUAAAUCAUAAUAUCCUGAAACUCCUGCAAAUGAAGAAGGAGAUCCAAUUAGAGAUAUUGUAUAUGAUAUUAUAAAUUGUAGACUAAAUCAUAUACAAGAUGGUUAGAUCAGAAGAAGAAACCAAUAUAUAUUCAUUGGGAAACUGGAGAAAUAGUGAGGAGGUUCUUAUUCAUAUUCAUUUAAAUAGUGUGAGCUUUGGUUCAAUUAUAUAUUCACCAGAUGGCAGUAAAGAAAUAAUUACUAAAGAAAAAUAUUUGAACGAUUUGGCAACUUUCAAUUCUAAAAAAACAGGGCCUCCUGGAGCUAAUUUAUUUGUUUUUCAUUUACCAAAUGAACAUAAGGAUUCUGAUCUUAUGGACUUGUUUUCAUCAUAUGGCAAUGUGAUUUCAGCUAGAGUUAUGACUGAUCCAAAAACUGGUAAAAGUAAAGGUUUUGGUUUUGUGAGUUUUGAUAAAUAAGAGAGCGCAUAAAAAGCAAAAGAAGCUAUGGAUGGUCAUUUAAUAGGUAAAAUCAAACAAAUAUUCAAGACAAGAAAAAGUUAUCAGUUACAUUUAAAUAAGGUGAUGGAACCCCAUGUUAACCACUUUAAUACUAGUGGUUACCAAGCAUUUAAUAAGUGUAAUUUGAUCCAUUUGAUUUGUGA